UUGUUGGGCGGUUUGCCUGAUCCAAUGAUCUCCAAGGCUAUACCGGCAAGUUCUGCCAUGCCAGACAGGCUUGGGCAGAAGACACAGUGGACGGGACCGAAAGAGGAAGUCGGUCAAAGGACUGAUAUGUUGGUGGGUCGGCUUAACCGCGGGCCGGAGGGGCUCCGGCCUCUCAACCCGUUAUCUUCCCCUAGGAUCUUGGCUUCACCGCCUGGACUGCGAGGCUGGUGUCCUGAAUAA